AUGCAGCCACCAUCAGAGAUAAAGGCAGUGUAUAGCAGAGAAGCAGAUGAAUUGGUGCUCAGGAACUGGAAAUCUCAAGCUACUGCAAGUUUCAUGUCUGUUCUUCUUGAUGAUGAUGAUGAAGUACUGUUCCCAGCGGUUCAGGUCGGAAGUCAUUUUUCUCGGUGGAUAACUGUCAAAAACCCAAGCCAAGAGCCAGUUGUUAUGCAUCUUAUUCUAAAUGCUGGAGAGAUCAUUGGUGAGUGCAGGAUAUCUGACACACUCUUUCAACCCUCUUCAUCCAGUAGUUUAGUGAGUAAUAGAACAAUUGCUCCAACAAGGUAUGGUUUUUCAAUAGCGAAAAAUGCACUGACAGAGGCUUUUGUUCAUCCUUAUGGUAGAGCAUUAUUAGGUCCAAUUCUCUUUCAACCGUCUAAUCAAUGUGACUAA